CAGCACAACGCGCACCAGCACCAGCGCAACCAGCAGGACCAGUGAUACCAGCACGACGGCAACCAGUAGCACUACUCGCAGCAGCACCAGCGCUACCAGCAGCACAACUGUUCCUAGCACGACGGCAACCAGCAGUACAACUCGCAGCAGCACCAGCGCCACCAGCAGCACAACGGUGACCACCACGACCGCAACAAGCAGCACCACGCGCACGAGCGCCAGCGCAACCAGCAGCACCACGCGCAGCAGCACCAGUGCAACCACAGCACCACUGUGA